AUGGAGAAAGCUUCUCUUUCAGAUGAUGCCAAAGCUGAUAUCAUUGUUGCAGGUUAGCAAAAAUUAGACAAUAAUAUUGAUAAUGAUGAUGAUAGCAGUUUCUCAGGAUUGUCGUGAGGGCAAGCAUGUUACAUUCAAGCAAAUAAAGCAAACGCGUAAGAGAAGAUAAAAAGAGAAGGAAAGACUGUAAUCUCUUUUGUCACUGAUGCACUCAAAUUCUUUGUAGUUCCAUCAAUUGGAUUGGUUCAUAAAUAAUGGCAUGCUAUUAACACACUGUCAUACAAGUUUGAAUUCUACUUAUUGUCACCUGAACUAUGGUCAAAUGUAACAAGAAAUUCCUAUCCCCAUGAUAAGAUUGUAAAUAACAAAAUAGCUAACUUUACGUGUGAUCUUGGCAAUGUACAAUUAUUGCUGAUUCAUUAAAAACAUGAACUACAAAGAGCAUGUAAUUCUUGGGCAACCAAAUUUGAAUGUUUCUUGGGCAAACCGUGAUUCCUUAUUUUUUAUUUUAAACCCCGAUAGUUAAAAAUUCUAUCCAAAAAAAGUUUUUUUAGCAAUUGGCCAACGUAACAUUAAUUUAUUCUUAGGUGAAAACCAACUGAGAUCCUGUGCUGAGCAGCUUAGACAAGUUGAAGAUUUGAAAAAAGUGGUUACAACAGAGCCCCUCAAAGGUUUGUGAUAGUACUGUUGAACAUCUCUUUGCCUGAAAAAAUUGGUUCUAAUCUGACUUCAUUAUAAGUAGAUUGUGGUCAUGAUAACUGGUUUAUAUACUGGUGUGUAACAGUGUUUGUUGUGCUUAAACUGCCUCUUAUUACUACUUUGCCCAAGGAACUAUCUCAUUUAAUCAUUGUACGAUAGAAUUACUUUUUUCUCCUCCCAAGGGAAUCAUCUUAGAUUGAUGUCCUUGUAAGAAAAAACCACAUUUCUUCUGUUGCCUAGCCUGCGUCACAGACCAAACUAAGGUUAAGUCUUUUUGUGAAACAAUGCUAAAAUCUUUGUUCUGGGCCUCCACUUGUAUACCAGGGUUUGAGUAUGCACCAUGAUUGGUGUGUUCAAAAAUCCAUUGUCAAUUUGCCAAUCAGGUUGAAAGGAAAUUUGAAUUGCUCUUCCAGUAAUUUGUUCAGUCUGUUGGGGUCCCUUAACAAGAAUAUCAACACUGCUUUGCAGACGUUACUAACAUGGUUUAGAUUACGUCUGUAUCACAGGCUGCUACUGUUACAUUACUUUCACGUAAUCCAUUCAUACAUACACAGGUCAUACCCACUCAUAACAUGUCACAAGUUUGGUUGAAUGUGAAGUCAUUAAAAAUCAGAAAUUCAAACUUUUGACUCAAAUGAAGAUUGCAUCAGGGUUUACGAAACCUUAGUCACUAUCACCUACAGAACAUUCAGAACUACACUCACCUGGAUGAUCAUAUUCCACUCACUUUUCCAUUUUCAUUUUGUAUGUCAUCAUUACUUUUCAUAUGUAACAUUAACAUUGUUGAGCAUUUUGUUCAAAAGCCUUGAAUCAAAAUAAAUGUAUUUUAUGUACCUGUUUUGUGUUGCUUUGCUACUAGAUUUACCAACUUGGUCUGCCAAACUUCAACCACUGGUAGAAAUUCAUAUCCAGCAAAAGGUAGGGCUGUCACGGAGCCUCUUUUAGAUCAUGAAAGAAAAUGUUAUAAAGUGUUGAAUGUCAUUUGGACAACCCAUUUUGUUGGAAAUCUUAGGUGCAACCAUUAAAUAAUUAACGUUGUGGGAGAAGGACUCACUACAAAGGAUAUCUAAACUAAAAAGUAGAAAAAUAAAGCCAUAGACAGACAGACAGCCAUAAUAACUGCCACAGAAGUUACACGAACGGGAUAUUUCAAAAAAUACACAUGUUGAGAUCAAUUGAUCGAUCUUUGUGUCCUACUGGAUUCAUGCCAUGAAUUAUUUUACAUCUUUGGGGAUUUCUAUGCGUCAGGUAACAAAAUCACUGCACUCUUGGGACUCAAAGAAUUAAAAUAAGUUUUAUUUGAAAUGCAUGUAAAUGCAAAGUAUUGCUUUUUCUUUGUUUCCUCAUAGGAGGAAUUCACUGCAGGCAGUGAGAGACUCCAUAAUCUGCUUUCAACCUACAACAAUAUAGUAUCCUUUUUAAUAGGCUUUACUGUUGUUAUUUUUCCCAGUUGUUGGUUGGUAGACGUAACAAAGUUUGUGUGGAACAAUAUUGUAUGUGACUCAAAUUAUCUUAUUUCAAAUUCUCCCUUUAAUUCAUAAGUAUAUAUAUUUGGGAAAUGAAAGGAGAUUUUAGCGUGUAAUCAGAACUGCUUCUCUGAGUGUUCAGAAAAGGCAAGAGACAGUUUCAUGGGCAUGAUCUUUCCAACUUUCGGAAAGUCUGUGUGAGGUGGAGAUAUAAGUGUUUGGUGCAUGUGAAUCUCUCCCUCUCUACAGUAUUUUUAAGAUCUUGAUAAUGCAUGCUUUAUUUUCUUUGGUAAAUGGAAGAUUUCGAACCACUGUCAUUGGGGAAAUGUAAAUUUAACCAAUAAAGUUAAUUCCUUUAAUUUAAUAUUGAUGUUUCUGGUUACACAAAAACUAUUUUGUCUCAGGUGCAAACAAGGUUACAAAAACCGAAAAAAAUGGUGCUACCAAAAUUUUCAAAUUGUUUACAAACACCAAAUUUCAUUUUUUGUUGUAGUGCAAACAGGGCAUGCUUCUUUAGGUUCCAGAUGUGUAGAUUUUCUUGUUUGAAUCCAAUUGUAGCUUGCAAUAGUGUGAACAGCACACGUAUUUUAAAUGGCUUUUCUCAGUCUAAUAACAGAUAAAAAUUAUAAUCAUUGUAAAUUCAGACCAGCAUACAAAUUCCUUGACUGUUUGUAGAUAAAUCUCCUGUCAAAACAGUUUGUUGAGUGGGACGUUUUGUUAACACAGAUGGAACAAGCUAUGGAAGUUAAACCAGCAGACUAGUUGAACAGUUAUAAGAAUAAACGUGAAAAAUAUUUAAGAACUUGAUGAAGGGUCAUCUAGUAGAAUCUGUAUGAUAUGAAAUUAAAGUGUAUUCAAUAUAACAGUGACUUACAAUGCGCUACAAUUUCACUGAACGCUCUUUUAGUGGACACCUGUCGAAAACGAACACCUAGGGGUGGGUCCCACUGCUGUUUUUUAAUCAUUUUCAUUUAUUCAAUGGCGGCAUUUAUUUUAGUCUCCUUCGUUUUUUUAGUGUCGUCAGUCAACUCUCCUUCCCACAAUGAAAUUUAACUCCAAACAGGUUUUUUUUU